CUUUUCUUUUCCAUAUUUCCAUUCAUUCUUUCAUUAAUUUUUCUCAUUAUUCGCCUCAGAGCUACGACUACAGUAAACUAGACUCGAUUCAAAACGACGUAGUUUCAAGCUGAAACGCAAGUUUCUCUACUUCACCAUCUUCUUCCUCGCUCAACAGAGAUUCUCUGUUCAUCCAAAACCCAUGUUUUUCUAGCGCAGUUAAGAAGAAUCGGUCUACGGAGCUCGAAACCACAAAAUCUGGAGCAUGAAUUGUUAGAUUUAGUGAAACAAUUUCAGAUUAUUUUGGGAUCGGAGUGUUGGUUUGGGAAUGUCUUUGAGGAUUAAAGCGGUGGUGGAUAAAUUCGUUCAGGAGCUGAAGGAAGCUCUGGACGCAGAUAUUCAGGACCGAAUUAUGAAAGAGAGAGAGAUGCAGAGCUAUAUUGAAGAGCGGGAACGUGAGGUUGCCGAGCGUGAGGCUGCCUGGAAAGCCGAGCUCUCUCGUCGCGAGGCAGAGAUUGCGCGUCAAGAAGCAAGACUAAAGAUGGAGAAAGAAAACCUCGAAAAGGAGAAAAGCGUCUUGAUGGGAACUGCAUCGAAUCAAGAUAAUCAAGAUGGAGCUCUUGAAAUCACUGUUAGUGGAGAAAAAUAUAGGUGCCUCAGGUUUUCAAAGGCGAAGAAAUGAGACACUGAAGUGAAUAAAAAAGGCUGAAAUUUUGGGAUGGCUAGACUCUAUUAUGGUGACUUUCAACUUCUUAUUCAUUCUGAAUUGCUUUGUGUACACAUUAUAGGUAUACCAUUUCAACAAAAUUGAAUUCAUUGUACCUUCUGAACAUUAUUGGUUAAUUCAAUGUAAUGAGAUUUUUAUUUCUUGGUUAGUGGAAACAGAAAAAGAAAAAAAAAAAUUCAUUUUUUGGCUA